CUCUCUCUCUCUCUCUGUAGGAUCCAGGAUCAGGGCAGGCAGGGGACCUGGACGUGCAGCCAUGCCCACCAAGGAUGCACUGAGCUGGGGAACAUCUGCUGAGGCCUCCCCCUAGCACUGCCAUGGCAUCUGACCCUUCACCUCCAAACACCGCCCCUCUGGGCUCCCAGGUCCACGCAGCCGCCGUCAACGGAGACCGGAGCGUACUCCUCAGAAUCAUCACAGUGAAUCCCUCCCUGCGUGACCGUGAGGACCAGUUUGGGCGUACCCCACUGAUGUACUGUGUCCUGGCUGACCGUCUGGACUGUGCUGAGACACUGCUGAAGGCGGGAGCCUCUGUUAAAAAGACUGACCAUAGCCAACGUACUGCCCUGCACCUGGCAGCACAGAAGGGGAACGUGCGGUUUCUGAAGCUGCUCCUGUCGCGUCGUGCUGAUUGGCUGCAGAAGGAUCUAGAGGAGGUAACACCCCUCCACCUGGCGACCCGUCACUCCUCCCCCAAACCCCUGGCCUUGCUGCUCAAACACAUAGGACCUGGAGAGGUGGAUACACAGGACAAGAACAAGCAGACUGCGCUCCACUGGUCAGCGUUCUAUAACAGGCCGGAGCACGUCAGACUGCUCAUCAAACACGACUCCAACAUUGGCAUCCCAGACAGUGAGGGCAAGAUCCCCCUACACUGGGCUGCACACAGCCAGGAGCACACCGCUAUACACACCGUCCGCUGUAUACUGGAGGCGGCUCCUACCGAGUCUCUGUUGAACUGGCAGGACUAUGAGGGGCGCACGCCUUUGCACUUUGCUGUUGCCGACGGCAACGAGGCAGUGGUGGAGGUGCUGACAUCGUAUGAAGGCUGCAGCGUCACGGCGUACGACAACCUGUUCAGAACCCCGCUGCACUGGGCUGCACUGCUGGGACAUGCCAAGAUAGUGCACUUGUUGUUGGAGAGGAACACGUCAGGCACCAUCCCCUCAGACAGCCAUGGGGCCACACCUCUACACUAUGGAGCUCAGAGCAACUACGCUGAGACGGUGGGUGUGUUUCUGUCCCACCCCUCUGUGAAAGACGAGCCAGAUCUGGAGGGCCGCACAGCGUUCAUGUGGGCUGCUGGGAAAGGAAGCGAUGAUGUCAUACGCACCAUGCUGACACUCACGCCUCACAUCGACAUCAACAUGGCCGACAAGUACGGAGGCACUGCGCUGCAUGCGGCCUCUCUGUCAGGUCAUGUGAGUACAGUGAGGUUGCUGUUGGAGAGAGGAGCCAUAGUGGACAGUCUAGACGUAAUGAAACACACGCCUCUGUUCAGAGCCUGUGAGAUGGGACACCGCCACAUCAUCCUCACACUUAUCAAAGGCUCUGCUCGUGUCCACCUGGUGGAUCUAGAUGGACACACUGCUCUGCACUGGGCGGCUCUGGGGGGGAACGCUGAAGUCUGCCAGUUGCUGAUGGAGAAUGGGAUCAGUCCUAACGUCCAGGACCAGGCAGGCAGGACUCCUCUCCAGUGUGCUGCUUAUGGAGGGUACAUCACCUGUAUGGCUGUACUACUCAUGGAGAACAACGCUGACCCUAAUAUACAGGACAAAGAGGGCAGGACAGCUCUCCACUGGUCCUGUAACAAUGGCUAUCUGGAUGCUGUGAAGCUGCUGCUGAACUCUAAUGCCUUCCCCAACCACAUGGAACACAACGAGGAGAGGUACACCCCCCUGGACUACACCCUCCUAGGGGAACACAGUGAGGUGACUCAGUACAUGUUGGAGCAUGGAGCUCUGUCUAUAGCGGCCAUCCAGGACAUCGCUGCUGCUUCCAUCCAGGCCCUGUAUAAAGGAUACACCGUCCGCAAGGCCUUCACCGAGAGGAAACAACUACUGAUGAGACACGAACAGCUACGCAAGGACGCAGCCAAGAAACGCGAGGAGGAGCAGCGGAGGCGGGAGGCGGAGCAGCAAAUCUCAUUGGCCAGAACAGAGAAACAGAGGAUGUUAUUGGCCCGCGCUGAGCAGGAGCAGCUGUCAUUGGCUGAGACUAUGAAGGAACUGUCAGUGUAUGAGAGAGAGGCAGGGGGCGGGGCUAAUACAGCCUCCAAAGCAGAACAGACCAAUAGCAAAGAGGAGACAUGGAAACAUAGAGCACAUAGAAGCAGACCCUCCAAGAGAGGGAAGGAGGCACAGCCAGCCAAAGGACCUGACCCCGUGGUGACCCCUCACCCCUCAGUGACCUCUGACCCCAUGCCCCCUGCCCAGGGGUCUAGGGUCAGGGAGCGUUUCUCUCCUGCAGGCUGCAGCCGACCCCCCAGCCCAAAACACAGACCUCCCACCACACCCAGGACCAAGAGACUCACCUCUGCAAACACACACACUCCCUCCAACACACACACUCCUUCCAAAACACACACUACCUCCAACACACACACUCCUUCCAACACACACACUCCUUCCCACACACACACUCUAUCCAACACAGACACGUCUACUCGCCCCACCAUGGAUCAAGAAGCCCCCAGCACCAGGGAACGCACCCCUAGAAGCAAGAGAGACACACACACCAACACACACAACCCCAGACACAGAACACGCCCUGCCACAGACCAUACCACCUCCUCCAGCAAGAACCACACUAAAGCCUCCACACAGUCACACCGCCCCAGCAGCAAGCCCAGGGAGGGGGACAGAGACCAGGCUGCCUGCACUAUCCAACAAGCCUGGAGGAGGUUCCAUGUGCGAUGCAGAUUGAGGGAGGCUUUUGGUGCUGGGAAAAGAGUGGAGCCACCUGAGGUCGCCUCCCUCCUGAUCCAGCUGCUCUGGGAUAGGCCGGCUUUCCCUGGUCACACCCCUAUUAGGACCAAGCCUGAGGCCACAGUUCCACCCACCAAGACAGCAGCCAAGAGCUCAGUGCUGCAAAGCAUCUAUGGAGGUUCUGUGGCCCGAAGGGGGCGCUCUCUCGAGGGUUCUCAGUCUCAGAUACUACUGGACCUGCCACUACGCACACACAGCCAAUUGAGCAGUGUGGAGUGUGUGCACCUGUGUGAUGCAGUGGGGCAGGCCAGGCAGUACUCCUACCACCUCAGACCCCACAGCGCUGGACAGGGCCGGGGGAAACACUGACGACUACACACACACCCUGCAUGUGUACUUCGUGGCUCACUUGGUAGCGCAUGGUGCUUCUACUGCUAGAGGACUGGGUUCGAUUCCCAGGACGAGCCAUAUGUAAAAUGUAUGCACGUGUGACUGAGUUGCUUUGGAUAUAAGCAUCUGCUAAAUGGCGCACACAUAUGUGUGUGUUGUCUUGAAAUUACUUACCCACCUUAUCAUGGUGGAGUUAUUGGCCAGAUUGUAAACAGAGCAUCUAUAUACUGACAAGAGGGGGGGCCCCAAUGGUGUAACUUUAUGAAUAUGUUUCUGCAGAGGUGGGAACUCUUGAGGGCAGGUUUGCGUGUGAACAAUGCUGAUAUAACUGACUUCUCAGAGAUGCCACGUGUCCACUUAUCAGUACAGUUGUAAUAAUCGAAAUAUUACAAAAUGUAUAUUAAGUCAAAUAAUCAGACCAAUUGGGGAUUUUUUAUAUGGUGGGCAAUGAGCGUCAAAUUGAUCACCAUAUAAAAAAUCCCCAAUUGGUCUGUGUCAUGCUGUAUUUUCAGGCAGAGUAAUCCCUCUUGCAUAGCCUUUUCCUCUCAGAUUGUACUCUCUGUGCCCAGUAUUAACCAUGGAGGAGUUCUUGGCCUGAUUGUUUAUACUACUGGACACAGGAAGAGAGGACAAAGUUAUGAGACCUCACAGUCAUGACCUCACAGGGCGGAGUUAAGUCAACCGACAUGGUAUGUGUGCAAGAUAAUUUCAACCAUACAGAAAAUGAACACACACACACAGAGAUAACCUUUCCUCCCAUGUGGAGAAUGAGGCAGUCUGUCAACAGCCGGUCAUACAGCCAGCCCACCUGCAGACGCUGACACACACGCCUGCUUGCAGACACACACGCUUCCCGUCAGCCAUAACACUUGUACUAGGUUGUAGUCAACUCUACCUCAGUAUCUACCUGAGCAGGUUCCCACAGGCAUGCAUGCCCCUCCCACUUUCCCCCCUCAGCCAUAAUAGUAGGUACACAAGGUCAUUUAGGUCCAGAGGGUACACGUGUACCUGUGCUUUCUCUGUAGGACUCUGGAGGGGGGUAUAUUUAUGCAUUUUAUACACACUCCGUUACUCUAAUUCUACAUUAUACAUCACUUCCUGCCUGAAAUAGUUGACUUAAAGUUAGCCAGAUGUUUGUGGCACCUCAUCAAGGGGAACUGUCACUUAAGAUAGAAACUGCGUUUCAGUGUCAAUGCUGUUCUCUGAUGCACUACUGUUGAAACACUAUCAGAUGUCAAGGCUUUACAUUUAUGAAUGAAUACCAACCUCAAUGUUAAUGUCCAUGUUUUUCUACUCUUUUAGAAAACUUCUCAAAUAAAUACAUUGAGUUUCAGUGA